CAAAUUUACGACAUUAUACUACUGUGUAUGGUGUGCUCCACUUUCAGGUGUGUGUAAAUGAGGUGGUAAGUUGAGCCAUUUUGGGCAGAAACAAAGAAAGCCGAAUGCUGCUGGGUUCUUUUGGGAUCCAAAGGGUGUUGGUGACACGAGUUUUAUUUCUCUAUCUUCGGUAGUAAGGUAAGCGGCGAAGGAAACAGGGGAUUGGUCAAAGGGAAAGAUCUGAAACAGGGAGCAAAAAUGAGGUUAGUAGGACUGACCGGCGGGAUUGCUUCAGGGAAGAGUACUGUCUCUUCCAUGUUCAAGCACAACCAUAUUCCCGUCGUCGAUGCUGACAUCAUCGCUCGGGAUGCCUUGAAGAAGAACUCCGGCGGGUACAAAAAAGUGGUGGCGGCGUUCGGACCGGACAUUCUACAAGAUGAUGGCCAAGUUGAUCGUUUGAAAUUGGGACGAAUUGUCUUCUCUGAUGCCUCCAAACGUCAACUCCUUAACCGGUUAUUGGCUCCCUAUAUAUCUUCUGGCAUAUUUUUAGAAAUUUUCAAGCUUUGGAUAAAAGGUCAUAAGGUGAUAGUUCUAGACAUUCCGUUGUUGUUUGAGGCCAAGAUGGAUAAGUGGACAAAACCAAUUGUUGUUGUAUGGGUUGAUCCUGAAACACAACUUCGACGACUUAUGGAAAGAGAUAAUUCGACAGAGGAGGAUGCCAGAAACAGGAUCAAUGCUCAAAUGUCUCUAGAUUUGAAGAAGAGCCAAGCAGAUAUUGUGAUAGAUAACACUGGCUCACGUCAGGACUUGCAGGAAAGGUUCAGUGAGGUAUUGUCGCAGGUCAAAAGGCCCUUGACAUGGACUGAAUUCUGGCUUUCAAGGGAUGGAGCCUUGUCAGCUUUACUUGGUGUGAUAAUAGUUAUUCUUGCAGGCAAGAAAUUAUUUUGGUAAUUUAUAGGUACUACAAUCACCACCAAGGCACCAACUUGUGGUUUCAAACUGGCUAUAAAUCUAGUCUAUUAUUGAAGAGGAGGUGAUGUUGUUGUAGUUUUAAAUGACAGCAAAUAAGAUGAAUUAUGCUUACUCCUGCCAAUUUUAUAUUUAAGAAUUCACUACUGCACCUUUCACUUAAAGGUUGUAGAAUGUUGGUUUUCUUUCGAUUGCUAACUGUGAUAAACUAAGUUUUUUACACCAUGAAACUUAGAUUUACUUUCAAACUCUUUAAA